AUGAUUUAUGAAAAAAUUAGAGAGCGAGGGUUCAUUUAUUUGGGGGUUUGGAAUGAUGGUGACUCCUCAGCAUUUUUCUUACUCCUGUGGGGAGCUGUAUUAAUGCAUUUUCAAUUUUAAAAUUUAGCUUGUAAUAUUUAUAAUAAAUAAUAGAAAAAUAAGAAUUCCCUGUAAGAGUAAAAUAGCACCCAAAGAGAAGAAAUCCCGAUUUUCAUAGUAGAUUUUCCAUUUUAUAAAAAAAAAUUUAGCUAUGCUGAAAUAGAAAAUUAUUUGCCUUAAACGGAGUGUUAGGGAUAGAAAUGAAUAGCAGCGGCUUAUACUGCUUAAUAGUUAAUAACAAUAUCUUUAAUCUCAAUGGAAUUUCAAAGAUGGCAAAAGCUGUUGCUCAGAUUUUUUGAAGUUGGAAUUUUGUGAAACUCUGGAAAUUAUAA